CGCAAGGGAAGAACGGCGAGGCGACGGAGAGUCUUCGGCAUGUUGGUCAUGCCGCAAACCAAAAAUAUCAACAGUAUCAUGAGCUCCAACUGCAUCGAAAGCCCCACCAUGAAUGAAGUCUCGUUCUCAUAUCAUCGCAGCAGCUUUGAUGGUUUGCUCUCGGUGACGAUUUGAGUUCUGAAUUCUUUUUGAGAGGCUAGUUGGCAUGGAGAGUCUUGUGGCCAGGGGAAAUGUUGUCAAGAUUAAUCGGUUCGUGUUGAUUUUCGAGUGGACAACGACAGCCGUGACAUCCUGUCUGCUUGUCUUCUACUGGUACGGGAUCUUGGCGUCCCCUGAGGAGAUGCAGAACAGUAGGAGUUACAAGGUGUUGCUCGUGUACUCAAUCAUCUACGCCUAUCUCCGUCUUUGCUAUCUUGUCAAGACGUUGAGUAAGACGUAUGUGUACCUCAAGGAUGGGCCAUCGGAGCGGGAGGUGCUGCCUGGACAGGAAUUUAUCGAUUCUAUUGCGAAACUUCAGCCGCUAGCAGAGAAGAUGCACAUUCUCUGUGUGUGCUUGAUAACGCACAAUGUCUUUCCCUUCCGUCCUUGCGUGCCCAUGACUUUCUGGGCCGUAUGUACUUCUCUUCAUAUCGCCUCCCUUAUCUUCGUGACCUUGUGCAUCUUGCUGCUCGUCGUAUCUACUUGCAUGGUCGCCUUCAUCAUCGUGACUGAGAGGAGAAGAAACAGAAACGAAGACGCCUCGACUCACUAUCGCUUCCUGCCCCUUGUUGAUCCUAUUCGCAACAGAAUCAUAGCAAACCUUCCCAUCACUCAGCAGGCGCCUCCUGACGGCGAGCCGUGUGCGAUCUGCUUCGAGAUCGACACCGAGACAGACUGGAGACUUCUUCCAUGUGGACACCGAUUUCAUCCUUCAUGUAUCGACGACUGGCUCAAGAAACGACUUUCCUCCUGCCCAAUCUGCCGAAGAGAUCCAGUGGAAGGCAACAGAAAUGUGGAGGCGGGGAAGGGAUGGCGCAAGAUGCGGCUGCUGCUCCCGGCGGCGGGGAAGAAAAUCAUGGGAGAGAGACGGAGGAUGAGCGAAACCGUCUGGUUGCAAACAUGGUCUGAAAUUCGCAGGAUACGGUGUUGUGUGAAUCGAUAACAUGCGCUCGAGUUGUUCUUUUCUGUAGUUUUCUGAUUUCUGCUGGUUAGUGGUGCAUGCUGAGACCUGUCAAACUUCCCUUUGGCAUGAAAGUACAAUUCACAAACCCCG